ACAAAUAGCGUCUCCGGGCGUUUCACAGAGACAGCGAGGUGGAACCAAAGUGUUUGGCUGUUGUGCUGCAUCGGACAUUUCUGGAGCACGGACGGGAAGCGGCUGUGGUGAGAGAAUGGAAUUGAUGUCCGGCUGCUGACGAGUUAUGGUAUGAUGCCUUCACGUAAUAAUGCCGCCACUGGGGUCUCCAGCAGCAAGGUGAAGUACUCCAAGCUCGCCGACAGCGAUGACGGCUACAUUGACCUGCAGUUUAAGAAGAAUGCUCCAAAGGUUCCAUACAAGGCUAUUGCACUGGCUGCUGUUCUCUUUCUGAUUGGCACAUUGCUGAUCACAAUUGGUGCUCUCCUGCUGACCGGAUACAUCGACAGUUCGUACAGUGACACGACCUGGCCAGUGCUGAUCAUCGGGAUUCUGGUUUUCCUUCCUGGCUUUUACCACCUUCGUAUUGCAUAUUAUGCCUCCAGGGGAUACCGAGGUUACUCCUAUGAUGACAUCCCAGACUUCGAUGACUGAAAGCGAUUCUUUCCUUUUGGCUAAGUGCUGCACCUAGUUUGAUUCUAGAUCUAGCAAUGAUGGCUUUAUCAAGGAUCUUCUAUUCACAGUGAAUUACAAUUGCAGUGUUACAAUGCUUUUGUCAGUGGUUGCUUUGCUCUGUUGCUAAUCAAAUUCAAGAGACUCAGAUUCAGGUAUUUCUAAUCAUUGAUAUUGAAGCUGUUUCCAAAGUACUUCUCAGUCUCUGUAAAGAUUUCUCUAGUUAUAAAUAUGACACACAGGUGAUUUUCCGCCAAGUUGAAGCAAAGGGCGUUGAUCCAAUUCUUCCAGUCGCUUCGUCAACAGUGACAACACUGGAGCAACCCAAAGGCGUAGAGCCCCAAUACUGCACCUCUGAGGCAAGAAAGGCCGUAACAAGACCAUCAAUUGAAACUUUAAUUGAUUAGUUUCUAAUAGAAAAGCGAGAGUACUUUGAAUGAAAAGUAUUGUUUUGGACUACCUUGUCCCCAUUAAUUACUGCUAUUCUUCAAUAUUGUCCACUUUUAUUUUGUUGAAUUUGUGUAUACAUAUAUAUAUAUAUAUUCCACCAUAUUUAAUUUUAAUGUAUAAUCAGAUGUGUUGAUGUCACAAAAUUUGAGAGAAUUUUGUUAGUGUGAACUCUGUGGAUGAAUUUAGUCCCCUUGAGACACACAAGUAUCUGCCUUUCUAUCUCAGUCAGAAGACUGUGAUUUGAAUUCUCAUUCCAGAGAGUUGAGCAGAAAGAUUUAGACUGAGUCUCCAAUGUGGCGCUGGAGAACUAGAUUAGCUUUAUUUGUCACGUAUAUAUAGAAAGAGACAGUGAAAUGCAUUGAUUACAUCAGUGACCCACGCAACCUGAAGAUGUGCCGGGGGCAGCCUGUGCGUGUCACCACGCUUCCGGCGCUGAUGUAGCAUGGCCACAAUUUACCAACCCUAACCCACAGGUCUUUUGGAAUGUGGGAGGGAACCAGAACACCCGGAGUAAACCCACGCGGUCACAGGGAGGAUGUACAAACUCCUUACAGACAGCAACAUAGUGGGGAUUGAACCAUGAUCUUCUGAUUCCUGGCACUGUAAAGUGUUAUGCUAACUGCUAAUCUCCCGUGCCAUUCUAAUUCAGCAAGGGCAUCUUUUGGGUGAUCCUAAAAUGAUGUUACCUGUUCUGUCCCACCAUCAAAAGAUCCUCCCGUACCAUUCACUUGCAAAGAGGUGAGUUACUUCCUGGUCAGUAUUUAUCCUUUAUUCAACAUCACUGAAGAAGAUAAUUAUCCCUUUUUUUUUGGAGCUUGCUGUGCACAGAGUGGGUGCUGGCUUACCCAAAUGACAGAAGGGACUGCACUUCACACAUUUAUGAUUGACUUUGUAAGGUCAAGAAAAGACAGUCUGAACUUUAAAAGGAGAAGACAAGCUAGACAUCCUGAUGAUAGCAUUUUGUUCAUGAAAAAAGAUUUUGAACAUUUGCAAUCUGAUUAAAGAAACCAUGUCUACACGUGACUAGGCCUAGAGAAAAUAAGUUGAUGGUGAAAGGUGAAAUGUUAAGAGCAACCUGAGGGGGAGCUUCUUCACUUAGAGUGGUGCGUGUGUGCGAGCUGCCAGCAGAACUGGUAGAUGGGGGUUCAGUUGGAGUAUGUAUCCAAGCUGUGGUCCACCAGUGGGUCAAUGUGAUGAGGCAGGAUAGGUAUGGACUAGAUCUGCCAAUGGGCCUGAUUCUAUGCUGUGUUGUUCCAUGACUCUAGAACACCCUCAUGUUCUUCUCCUGGCUUCACAGAAUAGGCCUGUAGAUUUCAUUUGAAGUUUCCAUCUGAGGACAGAUUUACAUGCAGAAUUGUGUGCCUUGGCAGUCUUUGUCCACACUAUUUGCGGAGUUACACCGCCGACACUGAGCCGGGUUCAUUCUGGUGAUCAGUGAGGCAGGUCUGAAUGACCUUGUGAUGACCAUCCCGAGUUAAGUCUGCAGCCACUUGGCUCGGACACUUGCAACUCUCCUUUGGAGGCACUGAGCAAAAACCCAAGAAUGGUUUGAACCCCAUGUGAGAUAAUGAUCUUCACUUGUUUACUCUGUAGCUCAUUAUUCCCCUAUAUAUGGCAGAUCCUUAACAUUGUUGAUAUACAGAGGAGUCUUGGGGUCCAAAUCCAUGGAUACCUGAAAGUGGCCACACACAUUGAUAAGAUGGUAAAGAAGAUGUGUGACCUGCUUGCUGCUAUUGUUACGAAAUCCCGUAACUGGAUCACUUACCAGCAAGGAUAGAGAGGUCCGUUGAAGUCUGAUGAUACUAUUUUUAAAAGUAUUUAUUGAUAAAGGGGCACAAAAAUAAGAUUAAUGCAAACAUGCAGAUAAUAUACAUCGUCAAUACUAAAUCUAAAGCGCAGGUAUGAUCAUAACCAAUAAAACGUGACUCUAUCAUUGUCUAGGGGAUAAUGUAAUGUCCGAUGGAAAUCUAAAAGUCAUUAGCUCGUUCAGGCUGCAGUGUUUUGGGUUUAAGAGAGGGAGGCGUUUAAACUUGCCCAAGUCUUUUAUGAUGCCAAUCCGUUGAGUCAGGGGAGCGGGUUUCCCCGUUGUUAGCUAAAGAGCUGUUUUCCGUGGUUCCAGCCACCAAUUCCAGCAACGGAAUUGAACGCACGUGGCUUGGUUUCCGAUGACCGUCUGCUGUUACGUGGUUGCUUAACGUUUCUUCUGGUGUGUCUGAGGGGUUGUCCCUACAGCCCCUCUUUUAUUCUGACUCGCAGGGUCGUAGAUGUCAAUCAGGUUGGGGGUGAUGCAAUCUCUCCCACAACCAGCCCACUUUGCCCGAGUGCAUUCACGUAGCAGAGCAUCUCAAUCCACAAAUCUGUCUCCAAGAGACAAUGGCCAUGUCCCGUAGCUUUACAUCGCUAUGGGAGGGGGGGGGGGAGAAACGAGACAUCCUGCACGUCUCCCCCUCAUGUCUUGGGCCCCCUUUUGACUCAACCCAACAGUGAUCUGGCGAUUCUCACAAAGGAGGGGGCCACGGACAUAACACUAUUAAGUUAUGGCACUGAGUUUAAGAGUCAGGAAGUGAAGUUGUAGCUUUACAAAACUCUAGUUAGGCUGCAUGUGGAGUAUUGCAUUCACUUUUUCUCUCCCAAUUAUAGAAAAGAUCUGGAGGCUUUGGAGAGGGUGAAGAAGGUUUACCAGGGUGCUGCCUGGAUUAGAAGGCAUUUGCUAUUAAGUCAAGCUAGGGUUUUAUAUUUUUUUAUUUAGCAAAGCAGUGUGGAGUAGGCCCUUCUGGCCAUUUGAACCACGUGACCCAGUAACCGCACUACCCCGAUUAACCCUAACCUAAUUAUGUGACAAUUUCCAAGAACUAAUUAAUCUACCCAAUAUGCCUUUGGACUGUGGGAUGAAACCAGGGCACCUGGGGAAAACCCACACAGGGAGGACAUAGACUCCUUACAGAACGGCACCAGAAUUGAUCUCUGAACUCUGGAAUGCCCCAGGUUGUAAUGGUAUCAUCAUAGCUGCAAUGCUACCAUGUCUGCCACAUGCAUUAUGUUGUUACUAAACUUGCGCCUAAUGCUUCCAAUGUUGCGAAACUCAAUGCUUGUCAUUGGAUCGCCACACGUAUUGAUACACAAAUCAUGCUUCCUGGUUUAGUUAUUUUCACUGGAGCAGUACAGGCUGAGGAGAGAACUGAUGGGAAGUAUGGAUAUAAAAUUCUGAGCAGACUGCUGGUUCUCAUGGUUGGAAUGUCUAAUAUCAAAGGGUAUGCAUUUAAGGAGAUGGGAAGAAAAGUUCGAAGAAGAUGUGCUUGGCUUAGGUGGUGCUUAGAAUACACUGCCAGGGCUGGUGGUGGAAGUGGGUAUUAUCAAGGUGUUUAAGAGGCUCUUGGAUGGGCAACAGGCACACAAAUAUUCAAUAAAUGGAGGGAUGUGGUCCGUGUGCAGGGAUUAGUUUAAUUGGGCAUCAUAACCUUAAUUAAUUUGGCACAGCGUCAUGUGCGAAAGGUCCCAUUUCUGUGCUGCAUUGUUCUGUGUUCAAAACCAGGGAGUCCCAACCUUUUUAUGCCAUGGACCAAUACCAUUAAACAAGGGGCCCAUAUGAUCAGUUUGACCUUCAGUGGCAAUGCUGUACUAUGCAGCACUUUUUCUAAACAGGAGCUAACAAACGAUGCAAACUCACCCUCCUCUGUUUUGUACGUCAAGAGAGGUGAUGGAUCGCUCAGAAGUGAGAGGAAAUAGGCCAGAAUUAUCUCCCAUCUCAUCAGUUCAUUGCUUCAAUCAGCUCAAAUUCUCCAUCUUUUGAUCCCAUCUGCAGUUCGGUCAGCGAACUAUUGAGUCUUGUACCAGGGACAUUUAAAAGAUUCUUAAGCACUUUAAUGAAAGAAAAAUGGAAUGCUAAGCGGGAGGACAUCGUUAGAGUAGGUUAAAAGGUCAGCACAAUAUCAUGGGCAACUUUUUGCUUUAGAUACUGGGCAAUUAAAGUGGUUUGAACCCAAUGUGUGACAAUGAUCCUGGCCUGUUUACUCUGCAGCUUAUUAUUCCCACUAUGUAUGGCAGAUCCUUAACAUUGUACUGUUGAGUUAUCAAGCACCCAGCUAACUCCAUUUUGUUCUUCCGCAUUUCAAUGCCACCCACCAGAUUCUGCCACUGCCCUUCAAUUGGAAGCAAGUAGCCAGCUAGGCUACCCCAACCAGCGUGUCAUGGAGAUUCAACAGAAUACAGUACUGCAAUAGCUCAGUGGCUCAGGCAGCAUCUGUGGAAGAAGAAACAGUUCAUGUUUCAGAUCUGGGACCUUUCACCAGAACAUGAGACUCCACUCAGGCAGCAGCGAAUGUUGAGGUUUAAUUCAGAUCUUAGGUUCUCAGGCUGAUGUUCCACCACAGCACAUUUCCCAAAUAACAUGUACCAACACCCCCUGAGCCUCCUGAUCUUACUGCCCUACUCAUGAACAAUGAUCAAAAUGCUGGAGGAACUCAGCAGGUCAGACAGAACCUCUUGAGGGGCAUAAGCAGUCAACAUUUCGUGCCGAGACCCUGCUGACUUUCUCCAUCAUGUGUGUGGCUUUAGGUUACCAGCAUCUAUAGAAUCUCUCAUAAUAAUAAACAAUGAUCAAUGUGUAAAUCCAGAGUAAUUUGCAGUAUUCUUAUAGAACAAAAUGUGAGCAUAACCAGAGAUCUGAUUCAUAAGAAAUUUUCUGUGAAUGACAUUGCUGUCUCUGGACAAAGCAUAUUUUAGUGUGUGUGUGGGCCAAGUGCAAGGAAUAUAUAUAAAAAAAAAUAAAGGGUUUCCUGUUUGAAUUUUGAUUAUCAUUUUCAUUUAUCUCUUCGGAAGGUGCGGCAGUGCCACCAAUGUUGAUUGACAGUUGGGCCUUGAGUGCAGGCUCACAAAAGGGAAAACAAGGGAUCAGGCCCGCUCCAUCCACCAAAAGCGGAACUUCCCAGUAGUCAAACGUUUUAAUUCCCAUUCCUAUUCCAGAUCUGACAUGUCAGUCCAUGGACUCCUCUUGUGCCAAGAUGAGGUCACCCUCAGGGUGGGAGAGCAAUGCUUAUCUUCUGUUUGGAUAGCCGCCAACCUGAUGGCAUGAAUAUCAAUUUCUCCUCGUUAAAAUAAAAUCAUACCCUUCCUCUACACUCUUCUAUUUCCCAUUCUGGCUUUUUACCUCUUCUCACCUGCCUAUAACUUCCUGUUGGAUUCCCCUCCUUCCCUUUCUCCUGAGGUCCACUUUCCUCAGGUUUCAGAUUCCUUUUCCAACCCUUUACCUUUCACUUGGCUUCACCUAUCACCUUUGAGCUAUCAUCCCUUCCCCUCUCCCCCUGCCUUUUUUUUUAUCAGUCCUGAAGAAGGGUCUUGGCCCGAAUUGUCGACUGUUUAUUCACUGUCAUAGAUGCUGCCUGACCUGCUGAGUGCUUCCAGCAUUUUGUUUAUGUAUUACUUCAGCUUAUCCUAUUGCUGUUUAGACUGGUGCCUUGAGAGCAAGGAAUCCUUGGAUAAUUUCUUUGUUUACCACAUGCAUACACGCUUCUCCAAGCCAAGAUCCGUACGUUGGAGGUUGUGUCUGUCAAGAAAGAUUAAACAGGUUGCAAUCUGCUUGAAGUUGUGAAAGGGGUUGCUUUGGAUAGCUUGCAGCACAUAUGUUCCCCACAACAGGGGAGGCUAAAAUUGGGGGCAGUAGUAUAAUGUGGUCAUAAAUGAAUGUUCAGUUUUGGUCGCCCUGCUAUAGGGAAGGUGCCAGUAGCUGGAAAGAGGAGGAGAUUUGCAAGGAAGUACUGAGUUUGUGAAUACGAGUUGAGCAGUUUAGGACGUUUCAAACUGGAGCUGAGAAGAAUGUGGGGUGAUCUUAUACUGGUGUAUAAAAUCACAAGAGCCAUUGAUAGAGUCUUUCUCACAGGUUAGGGAAUCAAAAACAUGAGGUGCAGGAGAUUUAAUUGGAACCUGAGGAACAACUUUUUCACUCAGUGGGUGGGCAGUAUAUAGGAUGUGUUGUUGGCGGAAGUGGUUGAGGCAGAUACAUUAACAACAUUGUACAGGUACAUGGAUAGGAAAGGGAACAACCCCUGGUGUCCACAGACUCCUUUGUUAAUGGUAAGGGUCCAUGUCAUAAAAUAGGGUUGGAACCCUUUUGCUGGAGCUAAAGGCAAUGGAAAUGGCUUAGGUGGGAAUAUUGGUCACAGUGUGGACCAGUUGGGCCAAAGGACUAUAAGACUAAAUUCAGUAGAGGCAACAAAGUUAGAUGUAUUUCAGAAAAAAAGCUAAAUCAGUUUGAAAGGGAGAAGGAUGUGUUAGAUGAAAAGAGUUGGAGGAGGUUUGAGGAUGUAGGAUCUGUGAAUUCCAUCUGGGGCCAGUUGGGCUGGGUAGUCCAUUCCUCUGCUGUGAGAACAUACUGACUAUCUUUGUGUAGUUCCCAGUGGCCAAACAUUUUAAUUCUCAUUCUGACAUGUUGGUCCAUGGCUGCCUCUUGUGCCAAGAUGAGGCCAGUGUCAGGGUGGAGGAGCAUCACCUUACAUUCCAUCUGGGUAGCCCCCAACCUGAUGGCACUGGUAUUGAUUUCACCUUCCUAUCCCCUCUUCUAUUUCCCACUCUGGCCUUUUUCCUCUUCUCACCUGCCUAUCACUUCCUCCAGGUCCCCUUCUUCCCUUCCUCCUAUGAUCCACUCUCCUCUCCUAUCAGAUUCCUUCUUUUCCAUCAUCUCUUUACCUUUCCCACCCAUCUGGCUUCGCCCAUCACCUUCUAACUUGUCCUCCUUCCCCUCUUCCCCCACCCAGCUUUUUAUUAUUGGCGCCUUCCCCCCUUUUAUUUCCGUCCUGAAGAGACUUAGCCUGAAACGUCAACUGUUCACUUCCAUAGAUGCUACCAGACCCGCCAGCAUUUUGUGUAUGUUAUCCAGCUGCUUUUCAAGAGCAGAAAAAUUCCACAAAGACAGACUGCUGGUUGACCUAGUUUCUUUAUUGGUAAGGCUAAAGAAAGAAGGUUUGAAAUUUUUCAUGUUUUCCUUAGUUUUGUUCCUGCCUUAAUAAGUCACAGACAAGAAAAUAGCUAAAGCUCUUGCUUUUAAUAACAGCUCUACAUAUUUCCACUUUGACAGAUUAUCAGUCAAACUCCUGACACCCCUGGUUUGUUAUACCUUAAACUACUGUGCCUUAGAUCAGUGACAUGAUGGGUUAGCGAUGUAUUCAUUCCAAAAGCUGACUCACUUUGGUAGCCUGCUUUGAAACACAUUAGAUCCUCUUACAAGUAGGUGAUGAAUUUUUUUUGACAACUGACUCUCCUGUUACUGUUAACAUUUCAGUCAGAGACUGAAUUGGAGGAAGUAUGUAGUGUGUAUUGGCUAAUUGGUCGGUGCAAAAACACGCAAGGGUGGGCUCAAUGCUGUGGUGUUCACCGAGCUGAUGCCAAGCUCGACGAACACUGCAACAUCAAAGGCCCAAACUGAGCUAAUAAUAAAGUAUUAUCCAAGCCACUGGACACUAAGAUCCAGCAAACACUGUUGAGACUGACGCCAUCAGAAGCCAGUCAGAAUUCUACCUUCUGAUCUUCAGGUUCUUUUUACUACUUGUUUUCAAAAAGCUUACAUCGACAGACCAGAAAAGGCCUCAGAAUAGAAAAUUGCUCAAGAUUUAAGAUUGAAGUUUAUCACCUCUACAUCAAAGCAUACAGUGAAGUGUGCCAUUUAUGUUAACAAUCAACACACCUGAGGUUGUGCAAGGGACAGCCGGCACCACACAUUCUGGCGCCAACAAUAAACAAUGUUGGUUAAGGGCAGGCUCUCAGAUGUUAAGCAGCUUCUAUUUUUAACUGAGGGUGACAGGUCUGUUCUAUUCUUUCAUUAUUGCUUGACAUCAUUCCAUGUUAUUAUUCAAUAAAAAGAAUGUAUUGUUAGCA